UUGAUUUAUGCUGCUGAAACACAAAUUCCUCUAUAUUUAUCUGAAGUAUUGCCUGACAUGUCCCAAGCAAACGAAGUUGACAGUUUUUUAAUUUUUAUCUCAAGAAAGGAUGUUGACAAUGUUCAACAGCCCCAACUUUGUUUGGAAUUGCCUUAUUACCCAGAAACUCUCUCAGAUUUUCUUUACACUCGCUUUUGGCUCUUUCAAUUAUCUCAAUGCUAUUUUGAUUCAAUAAACUUUUCUUGUGCUGUUUUUAAUCCAGCAAUUGUCCAGCUACUUUUUUGUCAUUUUACUGAAGGAGCGGAUCUAUUAGGGCCAGUGAAAAUGGGCACAAGUCAUUUCAAUUCAAUACCAUGCCGGCAAUGUUUGGUUAAAUACUGGAAGUUUUAUCAAUGA